UUCUUUGCUCAACCAGGUGGCUUUCCAGUUUCAAUUCUCUCUAUUUCUUUUUUUUUUUUUUAGUGUAUUUCUCUUAUUUGGAGGUUGUGAUGCUAAGUUGCAUCUGUGAAAUUUGGGCUUUGUUUCAGGCGUGUUUGGAUUGUGAAUUCUUUUACGUGGUGAAUCAUGGAAUAAGCCAAGAAUUCAUGGGCCAGGUUUUCUCGGAGAGUAAGAGGUUUUUUGAGCUUCCAUUAGCUGAAAAAAUGAAGGUUUUUAGGAACGAGAAGCAUCGAGGCUACACUCCUGUCCUCGACGAGCUUUCGGAUCCCGGUAGUCAAGUACAUGCUGGAGAUUACAAGGAGGGCUACUAUAUUGGAGUUGAAGUGCCUGAAGAUGAUCCUCAAGCAGAGAAGCCAUUUUAUGGGCCAAAUGUUUGGCCAGCAGCCGAUGUUUUGUCUGGUUGGAGGCAAACCAUGGAGAGGUUUCAUAAAGAGGCAUUAGAGGUUGCAAGAGCAGUUGCAAGGAUCAUAGCAGUUGGGCUUGAUCUGGAAGCUGAUUUUUUUGAUAGGCCUGAAAUGCUUGGCCAGCCAAUUGCAAUCCUGCGCUUGCUACGCUAUGGAGCUCAGAUUUCUGAUCCCUAAGCCUAAAGGGAAUAUUUGGAGCCGGAGCUCACUCUGACAAUGGUUUGAUUACCCUUUUAGCCAUAGAUGAAGUCUUCGGCCUCCAAGUAAAAAUAUUGGCAAUAAUUUUUUUGUUAUAUAAAUUAAAGUUUAUUUGCCUUUUUCAUUCACAGUUUGAUUGGUCCUUGCAAUUUUUGUCAUCUUCUUGCGGAUAUUCAAGGAUAAGAAUGCUCAACCUCAAGUUUGGGAAUACGUAGCGCCAUUAAAAGGGUGAGACAGUUAGAGAUUGAGAUUUUCUACAUCUAUUUAAGUUGUGUGAUGUACAUUAUUCUUUUAUUUCUGCAUCUGUAUGCCAAGGAAAACUGGGUCUCAUGCUAUUGAAAUGUUAAUUUGUUCAAGAACGAUUUAAUGGAAAUCAGAGCAUUCUCUGUCGCAAGAAUUUAGAAGAAAAUUGAUACAGAACUCUAGGUGCUUACACCUAAACCACUUUAAUUCGACCAAGAACUAAAUACUCCUGUAGAGGUUACAACCUUAUAUGAAGAAAUAAACAGAAAAUUACUGAACAAUCCUCAUAAAAUAUAAAAAUACUGGGAGACCCUACACAAAUAUAAAAUUACUGGAGGGAGGAUAAUAAUUUUGAAGAACUCUUCUCCAAGAUGGGCUUGGGUCACGAUUAGGACAUGGGCUGAAUCUAUAGUGAGGAAUAUAAACUACAUAAGAAAUCCUUGAUUCAGUGCUAUGCAGGAAUAUGAGCCUUCAAUCUUCAGUUUUAAUGUAUUUUCGAUUGUUUUUAGGAAUGAACUUUAACUUAGGAAGCCUAUUACACCACUUGACAUAAGGGGAAGGAAAGAACACAAUUACCCAGCACUAACUUAAUGCCACUACAAACUGUUCAUUAUUCAGCUGUACUCUCUGUUAGCAUGCUGUGAAGUUGCAUGGUGUAAGGAAUAGCAGCAGAUUGUAUUGCUGCAUGGAUGAUAUAACGAAGGAAGACUUUCUUAAUUCAGGAGAAGUGACAUUUUCUUGUUGGUUCAUCUUGAAAACAGAGCAUUUAUAGUGAGUCUUGGUGAUAUGCUGGAGCGCUGGAGCAACUGUAUUUUCAGGUUCUUAUCUAUUUAUUGUAUAUAAUUUGAAUUCAUUUCAUGCCAAAAUAAAACAUCAAAGCUGGAUUAUAGGAGAUGUUUCGCACAUUUGGCAUUUGAGAAGGAAAAUAAUUCUUCAUUAAUUAUGGAGCCUAGUAGAAGACUUGAACAUAUGCCAAUGGGAAUACAAGCCUAAUUCAUUUGUUAUUUUUCAUAUGCACCUCCUCAUCACUCUGUGAAAAUGAACUCGUGGGUUUCUUUUCUCAAUGUAACCUUUGUUUAUGGUUUGUAAUGGUAUACAGGUCCACACUGCAUAGAGUUGUAGGGAAUGGUCAAGAGGGAUAUUCUGUGGGUGCGCUAUAUGGUUUUCUUUUCAUUUUAAGCUCAAAAGUUCUAUAAUUGCAAGCCUUUUAUUUUCUAUGAUAGCAAUUUCAAUGUUUCUGUACUGUUAUUAUAUUUUCAUGGUUGAUCCCUCAAACAAACUCCUUCUGAUUUGAUUACUAUUUUGGUAUUUAACCAUUUUUGUUUUGUGAACACUUGGAGUGCAGUGGUACAAAAACAGUAAGUUAAAAUUUUAGUUGUUUCGAAAUUUUAUCUAGUUGGGUCUCUGUUAUGCAUGUGAAAUAAUGGCUUAGGAUGCUUUGUUCUGGGCAUUAGGAUGGUAAACUGAUCAACUUGUGUUUUCCAAAAUUUCCUCUCUUUCAUAAAAAUAGAAGGAUUUCUCUCUUAUUUAAGUGUUGAAGAACAUUUGUGUCUUAAUUGCCAAGAAAAAUAUCCAUGAGAUAAUUUUCUUGGUUAGUAUGUUCUAUAUUCCUUUAUUGUGAAUAAUAUCUUAGAGAAAGUUCUGUAUUUUCUCACAUACUUCCAUGACAGAAAGCAUAUUUCGUGGAACCUAGUCAUGAUUGUCUUGUUGAAUGCUUGCCCACCUGCAAGUCAGAAAAAAAAUCCUCCCAAGUUUCCUCCAAUCAAAUGUGGGACUUACCGCAGUCAACGCUGCAAGGAUACUCGUGCGGAUUUAAAUGGAUAACAAAAACCUCAAACUUGAGCACGCCAAAGAAUUAAGAUUUGCAAGGCAUAUCCUUCUGAAGAUUAGUGGUGAUAAUUGAUAAAGCUCUCCACAAAUGAGGAGUUGAUAAUCAUAGGGUGCAGUUUCCUUGAA